GUCCGCGAGGCGACCUCCAACGACCCGUGGGGCCCCCCCUCCUCUCUGAUGUCAGAGAUCGCUGACCUGACCUUCAACGUGGUGGCGUUCACUGAGGUCAUGGGUAUGAUCUGGAAACGGCUCAACGACAGCGGGAAGAACUGGAGACACGUCUACAAGGCCCUGACUCUACUGGACUACCUGAUCAAAACGGGCUCGGAACGUGUGGCGCAGCAGUGCAGGGAGAACGCCUACACCAUACAGACCCUACGGGACUUCCAGUUCACAGACAGGGAUGGCAGGGACCAGGGGGUGAAUGUUAGGGAGAAGGCCAAGCAGCUGGUGGCCCUGAUGAGGGAUGAGGAGAGGCUGAAACAGGAGAGGACCCUGGCUGAAGAUAAGGAGAGGAUGGCUAGACACGCUUCAGAGGUCAAGGGAUGGGCUCUAGUUCUCUACCUCCACCCUACCGAGCCUUGGUACCAACCAGCCAGCAUGACUGCUCUCUACGGGGAUGACUUCAGCCG